AUAUUCAGACAGACAGGAAUUGAGUCAUAAAGGAAUUCAGAAUCUUAAUGCACUUUGCGAGUGGAAAUUUUCAAAUAAAAAUCAUUUUUUUCACCUCAAAACGAUGAUCAUACAUCAACAAUUUUUGUUUUAUUGGUAGCUCAAACAUAUUUUUACCAAAAUUAAAAUAGACACUUGUUUUAAUGUUCAAAAAUCUGUGACAAUUCGAAAAUAAACCAAAAUCGUUUACUUUGAAAAUAAUUUUUGUUCUUAAUUGAUAUUGUUCCAGUUUCAUUAUAAUCUUCAACAAAUUUCUCUACCUACCUACUUAUUCUAGACCUUGAUGUAUGUUUUUACUGGCGAAAUAUGUAUUAAAUUCAAAAAUAGACAAUUUCCUGCUAUUAUAGCAUAACUCAGUGGGUAGAUAAUUUUCUAAUACAGUCUAGAAAUCAAAUGCAUUGCAUCAGUCCAACAAUUUCCAUAUAUCUCUAGAUAUGUUUUCCCGAAUAUGGCUUUUCGUUAUUUUUGCAAUUUCGCCAGCAUAUUUACUGAACGAGAGCGUUUCUGCCAAUACCACAGUUGGUGUGAAAAUUUACAACAUUUCCGAAAAUGUGCCUUACAAUAUAUCGGCAGACGGUAAAACAUAUUUUUUUAAAUACAACACCAAUAACAACCAAUUCAGAAUUUAUAAUAGAGUGAGUGUGAAUCCUUUAGUUACGCAGAAUACAUCAGACAUUCUUCUUGAGAAAAGAAAAACAACAAAGUCAAACAAGUCAAAUAUGAAUGAACUGCGAAAGUUUGAAGCAUUUUUAGACGAAGAAUGGAACUAUAGUAGCGGUAGCAGCCAGUUGAAUAAGUCAGAUCUUCCAUUUCAGAUUUACCCCUUUUUGUAUAAUGCUAUUGUACAAAAAGCUUCAAUGAAACUAGAAAACGGAGAGAGGGUUCCUGAUAUAACUAAAAUCGUAUUCAAUAAGCAUAAGAAUGAUUCGAUGAUCCUAAAUUUAAAACUAGGAAAAAUUAAUCCGAGUCAUUCUAUUCUCAAUGCCGAAUUGCAUUUUUAUUGGCACGUUCCAGAAAAAUCGAAAUUUUUCAAGAAUUCCUGUGUUUUAAGGCUUUACGAGGUUGAAAAUGAACAAAACGAUACACUAGCCUCCCAAACGCCUGACAUACAUAAGCUCUUGAACGUUAUAUACGUCUCUAAGGCCCAAACAGGAUGGCAAAUGUUCAGAAUCAGUAGGAAAUCAAUUGAAUCCUGGGCUAAUUUAACUGAAGAGCUCAGGCUUUUGAUUUCCAUAUCUGAAGCAAAUCAAGUCAACUCCACAACCGUGUUCAAUGAUACAUACAACACGAAAAAGAUGAGGACAUUCUUAAUUCUGAGAAUCAGCGACACAGAAAGUGACAAUUCUUUCAAUAAAAUGGCUCCAAAAAAUGAUUCCACAGGAUAUCGUGUAUCUCACAAGUACUGCUCCAGAACUGAGUUCUACCUAGAUUUUCGUAAACUACAUUGGAGCAAUUUCAUAAUAGCUCCUGAAGGUUUUAUGGCUUACGACUGUCAAGGAAAAUGUACAAGGCACAAUGUGGACAUGUUUUCUAACCAUUUGAAAAUGUUGACAACAUUUCAAGAUGUAGAUAAGAGAACCAGAAGCCCAUGUUGUGUUGGGGUAGACUUUUAUUCAUUACCCAUUAUGUUUUAUGACCAUUCUGGAAAUGUAGUGAUGAAAAUUUAUAAGAAUUUGAUUGUAGCCAAUUGUGGAUGUCGUUGAUUCCAAUUUUUAUUUUGCUUGAGAAAUAUGUCAAUGAAAAUUUGUUCCUAUUUUUAGUUUGGGGAAGAAUAACCAAUACGAAAUUUUCGAUCAUAUUUACUUAUCUGUUGUAUAUACAAAAUAUUGUCAUUUUAUAUCAGGUAUACCUGUCAUAAUUUCGCUAAACUUUCGAUUUAAGAUUAAUAAAAAACACAAAAAUAUGUAUAUAACAAAAUUAAUAUGGUAAUCAUUCCAGAAAUAUACUUAUUAGAAUACUAUUAAUAAAGAAUUUUGUGGAAAUGAUAUUUGAGAUACAUUUCUAUUAUGAAUAUAGUAUUAUCCAUUUCUAAUUCCGCCAAGCUGAGUUUUUUCAUUUGCCUUUCAACAUUGUUAAUAAUCUCUCUUUCAGGAGGAGAAAUGUUUUCUUCAAACUAAAAAAAAAACUCUGAUUAGUUACAUAAUAAAUUAGACAAUGCUUAUC